GAUUUUAUAUAAUAGCCCCACGCUUUACCUUCAUUUUCUUCGUUGACGCUCUCUCUCUCUCUACACCAAUUCGACACUGAUUUUGUAGUAUCGCCUGACAGCAAAAAAGCUUUGUGAGGAGAAGAGAUGGCGGUUCAGCUCACCGAUGAACAGAUCUCCGAAUUCAAGGAAGCAUUUUCUCUAUUUGACAAGGAUGGCGACGGUUGCAUCACCACGAAGGAGUUGGGGACUGUGAUGCGUUCUUUGGGACAGAACCCAACCGAGGCUGAGCUCCAGGAUAUGAUUAAUGAGGUUGAUGCUGAUGGUAAUGGAACAAUUGACUUCCCUGAGUUCCUCAACUUGAUGGCUCGCAAGAUGAAGGACACUGAUUCCGAGGAGGAACUCAAGGAAGCUUUCAGGGUUUUCGACAAAGACCAGAAUGGAUUCAUAUCUGCAGCUGAACUCCGCCACGUGAUGACAAAUCUCGGGGAGAAGCUAACUGACGAGGAAGUUGAUGAGAUGAUCCGUGAGGCUGAUGUGGAUGGUGAUGGCCAGAUCAACUACGAGGAGUUUGUCAAGGUCAUGAUGGCCAAAAAGCGGCAGCAAAGGAUCAAAUCAAGCAAAAGAGGUAUUGAGAAUAGCAAUGGCAAUGCGAGCAGCAACGGCAGGCGUAAGAAAAGCAAACUUCGUGAAUGUUUGAUUCUCUAAUUAAAUAAAACUUGAGAAUCACACGUCAUCAAUGUUGGAGUUUUAUGGAAUGAUAAUAAUCAUGUUACUCUCCUACCAUUAUUGUUGCUUCCACUUGUAAAACAUAAACCCAUUCUACCACCUUGUACUAUUAUUGUGUUGUGUUUGCCUACUUAAAUUAGUUGCUUGUGACUAAAA